AGACAUCAUGUCAAUUUAUAAGGAGCCACCUCCUGGAAUGUUUGUUGUGCCUGACCCCCAUGAUAUGACCAAGAUUCAUGCGUUGAUCACAGGUCCCUUUGACACGCCUUACGAAGGGGGUUUCUUCUUGUUCCUGUUUCGCUGUCCUCCAGAUUAUCCUAUCCAUCCGCCGCGGGUCAAACUGAUGACAACUGGGAAUAAUACAGUGAGGUUUAACCCUAACUUCUACCGAAAUGGGAAGGUCUGCCUCAGUAUUCUAGGCACAUGGACUGGUCCAGCUUGGAGUCCUGCACAGAGCAUUUCUUCGGUGCUUAUAUCUAUACAGUCUUUAAUGACUGAGAAUCCCUAUCACAACGAACCUGGAUUUGAACAGGUAAGGACCCUGAUUUUGAAUUGUAUGGCUGAUGGCACUUUCUCCAAUUCGGUAAUUGAAAAGAUUGGUAUAACAUGCAGAUUUAAAGUGCAGAGCAUGGAUUCUACAUUUUUUUUUCAUUUCCUUUAUAACAGCUCCAUUCUGGGUUACAUGACCAAGGAGGAGGAUGGAAAAGGGUUUAGAAUGGAGGAAUCAUAAAGGUUGUAAUUCACUGUGGAACUAUGAUAUGAUAGAUGUCUAUGGAGCUUCUCAGUCAUCCAGGUCAUGGUUAUCCCAAAGGUGCUUUUUGAA